AUGUCUCUGUGGACUCGGUUGGUCAGCUCAUCCUGAUAUUUCUGAGAAAUGCCCGUUUAUACACGGCGCCACAGAUAGACUCCAGCGCACUGAAGCUCUCAUCGUCUCACCAUGACCUUCUUCAGCUCUUUAUUUGCCGUCCUCUUCAUCAGCAGGUUUCUGGAGAACUCUCUGCUCAGCUCCGAGGUGAAAGAGGGAGAGAUUCUUCCUCCGACCAUCCAGAAGCUGAUGAAAGGAUACAACAAAUACCUCCGGCCUUUCUUUGACAAUGGUCCCGUCACGGUGGGCAUGAGUUUAGACAUCGCCAGCAUUGAUACGAUAUCAGAGAUCAACAUGGAUUACACGGCCACGAUCUUCCUCCGGCAGCGCUGGACAGACGAGCGGCUCGUGUUUGAAGGCAAUAAGAGCUUGAGUCUGGACGGGCGACUGGUGGAGCUGCUGUGGGUCCCAGACACCUUUAUAGUGGACUCCAAGAAGUCCUUCCUCCACGACAUCACCGUGGAGAACCGACUGAUCCGGAUCUUUCCCAACGGAACCGUUCUCUAUGCGCUCCGGAUCACCACGACUGUGGCCUGUAACAUGGAUCUGACCAAAUAUCCCAUGGACAAACAGACGUGCACCUUACAACUAGAGAGCUGGGGUUAUAACGUCAAUGACGUGAUGUUUUACUGGGCGCGUGGGAACGACUCUGUGAGCGGUUUGGACACGCUGAGACUGGCUCAGUACACCAUAGAGGAUCAUUACACCUCAGAAUCCGAGGCCGUAUAUGAGACGGGAAAUUAUCCCAAGCUGAUUUUUCAUUUCGAGCUGAAGAGGAGUAUCCUGUACUUCAUCCUGGAGACGUACGUGCCAUCCAGCCUGCUGGUGGUGCUGUCCUGGGUCUCUUUCUGGAUCAGCCAGUCAUCCGUCCCCGCUCGCAUCUGCAUAGGCGUGACGACUGUCCUGACGAUGACCACACUGAUGAUGGGUGCGCGGACAUCUCUGCCCAAUGCCAACUGCUUCAUCAAGGCCAUCGACGUGUACCUGGGCAUCUGCUUCAGCUUCAUCUUUGGAGCGCUGAUAGAGUACGCCGUGGCCCACUUCUGCACACUAAACCACCCCGACUGCAACAACGCGCUUAUGUACGGUCAUCACAUGCACGAGUGCAAGGAGGAGAUGAAUGGCAUCGUCACCACCAUCGCCAGCAAUUCUUCACGGAUAAAGCGGCGCAAAGACGCUCCGGCAGCCACGCCCACCGUCGGCGGAGAGCCUGGCCUCGCACCCUCCAGCCCGACCACCAGCGAACCCAAGACUGCCGAGGCCCCAGCAGAGCUCUUUAGCCGCUGUGCCAAAAAUAUCUCCGUCCUGAGGAAGAUCCUGAGAUCCAUUAACUGCUGUCAUGUGGAAAACCCACAUUAUAUAGACAACUACUCACGGUUAACCUUCCCACUGUCGUUCAUCAUCGUUAAUCUGCUCUACUGGACCUACUACCUGUACUUUUAACCAGCACAUCAUGUUGAAUAAUUUCUGUGUGUUAGUAAGUACGAUAGAGUGUGUCUGAAAUACCAGUAGAGACUCAACAGAGAAGGAGAAUUAUUAGGGUUGCACCGAUAUUACAUUUCUCAGCCAAUACCUGUAGCCGAUUAUGGAGAAUUAUGUUUGCCAACACCGAUAGCUGAUUAUUCAGAAUGAUAUCUGCCGAUACCAAUAGUGAUUAUUCAGAAUAAUAUCUGCCAAUACCAAUAGUGAUUAUUCAGAAUAAUAUCUGACGAUACCGAUAGUGAUUAUUCAGAAUGAUAUCUGCCGAUACCAAUAGUGAUUAUUCAGAAUAGUAUCUGCCGAUACCGAUAGUGAUUAUUCAGAAUAAUAUCUGCCGAUACCGAUAGUGUUUAUUCAGAAUAAUAUCUGCCGAUACCAAUAGUGAUUAUUCAGAAUGAUAUCUACCGAUACCGAUAGUGAUUUUUCAGAAUGAUAUCUGCCGAUACCAAUAGUGAUUAUUCAGAAUAAUAUCUGCCGAUACCGAUAGUGAUUAUUCAGAAUGAUAUCUACCGAUACCGAUAGUGAUUUUUCAGAUCAGAAUAAUAUCUGCCGAUAACGAUUGCCAGUUAUUCAUAAUGAUAUCUGUCGAUACCGAUAGCCAAUCAUUCAGAAUGAUAUGUGCCGAUACGAUUAUUCAGAUUAUCUGCCGAUACCAAUAGCAGAUUAUUCACAAUGAUAUCUACCGAUACGAUUAUUCAGAAUGAUAUCUGCUAAUACUAUAGAUCUAUAAUUAUCAUUUGUGCUAUAAUCUCCAUUACUACUGUUACCAUAGCACUUACAAUGGCAGUAAACAGAGCAGCACGUAAAAGCAGAAAUGUCAACUUUUUGAAUUAUUCAGUAAAUCCCUGUUAUUGUCAUUCUUGCAGUGGAUUACUUUUCUAGGUGGAUAAAACUAGGAACAUAAUUCCUGUGAGUCGCUUUUUCUGCAUGGAAAAUGUUCUGUCUGUUUAUUGUGUGAAAUUUGGAGUGUUUACCAUCUUUAAUGUGCUACAGAUGCUGUUGACAGAGAUUAACUUGCAUUGAACACAACCUGUAAAAUAGUGAGGAGAAAUAGUUCAGUAUCCAUAUUGUCCCAUAUGCAUCUCACUGACAGGUUUGGCGUUUGUUGUGGCUGAUGGUGGAUGUUUGACCCUGGAUCUCGACAGUGGUUCCCAUGAUUAAAUCCUCUGAAUAACUAAAGA